GAAGAGCUUCGAGGGGCUUUAGGACCUAGCGGUGUACUGCAACUGAGAGCUUCCAGGGUACAUCAUAAUGGCUCUGUGUAAAUUGUCGUGUUUACCUGAGCGCGGCUGAAGACGAAUUCAGAAUCGAACCUAUCUUUUAGUGUUUAUGCCUCGAUAGUAUAUCAUCAGUGGUGGUAGGGAGCGUGACUGUGCUUGCGGCUCGCUUGAUACCUGCCAAUGGAGCACAUCCGGCUUCCAAAGGUGGAGAAGGUCAGGCUACUAGACAGAGUGUUCACCAAAAGAAGCAGGUUGGGCACCCUCUAUCUGACGGCGACCCACACCAUCUUUGUGGAGAGUGAAGGUGGAAUGCGCAAUGAAACAUGGGUGCUUCACAGUUUGGUUUUCAGCGUGGAGAAACAAGCGACCACGCCGUCUGGAUCUCCUUUGUUGAUACACUGCAAAAACUUCCAGGUUCUUCAUUUUGUCAUACCUCAAGAGCGAGAGUGCCAUGAUGUACACGUGUCCCUGUUGCGUCUCUCCCAACCAGAGCAUUAUGAUGAGCUGUAUUGCUUUUCAUAUAAACCAAACGUGGAUGAGAAGGAGAGACGCCAGGAGUGGGACUUCUUGGACCUCAAAGCUGAGUACACCAGAAUGGGAAUCCCAAACUCCCUGUGGAAACGCUCCUUAGUCAACCAGCACUACAAAGUGAGUGACACUUACCCUGCCGAACUUUUUGUACCCGAGUCAACAACUCCAUCAGUCAUAACCGGAAGUUCCAAGUUCAGGAGCAGAGGAAGAUUUCCUACGCUUUCAUACUACUACAAGGAAAAUCGUGCUGCCAUCUGUCGCAGCAGCCAACCUCUUUCAGGCUUCAGCGCUCGUUGCGUGGAGGAUGAGCAGAUGCUGGAGGCCAUACUGAGGUCCAAUCCCCACAGUGACUUCAUGUAUGUGGUGGACACCAGGCCCAAGUUAAAUGCGAUGGCAAAUCGAGCAGCGGGAAAAGGCUAUGAAAAUGAGGACAACUACUCCCACAUUAAAUUCCAGUUCGCCGCCAUUGAGAACAUCCAUGUGAUGAGGAACAGCCAACAAAAAAUGCUAGAAGUGUGUGAGCUGCGUUCCCCUUCGAUGUCUUACUUCCUGGAGGGCCUGGAGAGCUCAGGCUGGCUGAAGCACAUCAAAGCUGUUUUGGAUGCAGGCAUCUUUAUUGCCAAGGCCGUUGCAGAAGGUGUCAGCGUCCUGGUUCAUUGUUCAGACGGUUGGGACCGUACUGCUCAGGUGUGUUCUGUGGCCUGCGUCCUUUUGGAUCCAUACUACCGGACCAUCAGAGGACUCAUGGUUCUCAUCGAAAAAGACUGGGUCUCAUUCGGCCACAAGUUUUCUCACAGAUGCAACCACCUAAAUGGAGACCCUAAAGAAGUGUCUCCUGUUAUCGAUCAGUUCUUGGAGUGUGUGUGGCAACUGAUGGAGCAGUUUCCAUGUGCCUUUGAGUUCAAUGAGCGGUUUCUAAUCACCAUCCACAGCCACAUCUACUCCUGCCAGUAUGGCAACUUUAUUGACAACAACCAGCGGGGAAGGGCAGAACUCCUACUUUGUGAGAAGACCCAUUCUCUGUGGCAUUAUCUGUGGACAAACCGGACAGACUACACCAACCUUCUGUACAGACCAGACCACAGCCACACACAGGGACUCCUUCGGCCAUCUACCGCCCCCUGUUGGUUCAAAUUUUGGAGGGGGCUGUACAACCGAUUUGACCGUGGGAUGCAUCCUCGUCAGUCUGUAGAGGAUUACCUGCGGGCCAUACAAGAGGAAACUGAACAGUUAGAGGAGCUGCUCGCCUCACACAAACAGAAAAUUUCUCAACUGAAGGAGAAGCAGGUGUGGAAUUGUACCCCAAAAUCAGCCACCCUUAAUAAAAGCCCCACAGCUUGGGUUUUUGGUCAUGAUCUCGGCCUGGCAAACACCCCUCAAGACUACAUGUCAAGCUUCCUGACCAUCAGCCCCUGUCAUCUAAAGACACCACGUAGCAGCCUGACCCUCUCACCCCAAGAUUUAAACAAAACAUACGACUCCAGUCACUCCAACGGUAGUGAUCAAGAGUCUGGUAUAGCGGACCUGAGCUGCCGUUCACCUUUUAGAGAGAGCACCAGAGAUCAAGACUCUGACAAUGCUGUAUAAACAAAUGUAGCAUGGAAUGGAAGGUGUGGCAGCUGCCAUGUGACCAAGGCCCCACACCGCCAUUGACCAAACACUGCCUCUAUGCACUAAAAAUACAGGCUUUUAGCAAAUGUCAGUCAAAACAAUUUUUUUGUUAUGCACGUGGAGUGGCCGACGCUCCCUCUUGCCACAUAAACUAGUUUGUUUGCUGUAGUUGACCACAUUUUACUUACACACUAUGAAGAGAUUCAUUGCUCUUGUCUGUAAUGUUUGGGGACCGUAUUAAAAUGUGCAGACAGAAUGUAAAAUAUUGAAGUGCAUCAUGGUCCUCUUAGGCCGUUUUAUUGGGUGCCGUUCUGCACUCUUAAAACAUUAUUACCCCUGAGUGAGCUACUCCAACACAUCCUUUGGUGUUGAAGUGGAUGUGAAAGUACAUCACCCCUUUCACAAUGGUCUUCCAUAUUUUGAUGUAUCAAACAUCUUAGCAGUGUAAACACA